AGGAGGUGGUUGAGGAGGAGGGGGAGGAGAGAAAAGGCAGAGGGAUUCUUGUAGUGCGCCGGAGGUCACCUACCUCCCCGCCCGCCCGCGAUCUGGCUGCGCGUUUGGGCGUGCGACCCACUCGGCUCCCGCCUCGAAGCUACGAACAUGGGCGCCACGAACACCACGAAUAUGAAGGGCGCUGAAGGGGAAGUACGGCAACGGCGAGCAGCCCACAUAGCCUCGGCCGAGCCCACGCGAGCCAAGCCGACAGCCGACGAUCACGAGAGACAACACGGCUGCGGCAGCAGCGCGGCCUGUCAGAUCCGCAAGGGACACGAUAUGCUGACAAAAAUGAUCAGGCGCAGGCCCUUCGGCCGAAGGCGGCCUUCGGAACCCUCUGUUCAACUGGAUGCGGCAUUCCCGUUCUUCGAAACUUCGCCAGGAGUUCGGCGUGGUGCACGCGAGCGGUCCGAAGAGCCUCUGCAGCCGCGCGAAUGCGGCCAGGCGAGCGGCUACGCCCAGCAACCUGCAGCUCGUUUUCAAGACGCUCCACCCAGCGCCCGCGGGAACUCGAUGAUGUUGGCGAUGGAGUCGCCGACGGCCUCGGGAAGGUGAGCGUAAGGGCGGCCAGCAGGAGCGCACUCUUUCUUCAUCGCCUCCGUGAAAGCUCGACGAGAGCCACAUCAUCGUCGUCACCAGCCUCCACGGCCUUCGAAAUAUCAUAUCUUGUCUCAUAGUUCUCAUGACUCCUCGUGGAUUUCUUCGCGCCACGGCCUGUUCCCGUGUCCUCGCAGAGGCGCUUUGCCGCCUGCUGUUGUUGCUGCUGGCUGCAGCAGCUUUUGUGCCGCUUCCUAUGCGCAAUGGCCCUGACCAUUAACUAUCACGCUGCUUUCGCAAACAUAGGUGUUUUUUGGCUGUUGUGUUACUGCACCGUUGCCGCUGGCGCUUGGUAUGUACACUGCCUCCAAGAGGUCUUCUGUGACGUAGCGCCCUGCCGUUGCAAAGCCAUGUGCGCAACUUCGUCGAGGAUCAAGAAAAUGGCUUUGGGCGUUGUUGACCGCAUCGAGCGAGUGACGCCCGCAACCCAGUGGACGGUUUUGACGACUGGCAGCCACCCGCGAAGCAGAGAAAUGGAGUCACAGUUCCGCGGCGCCGCAUCAGGGAGUCGACUUGGACGGGGAGCAAGCGCCCCAGGGAGCGGAGAGGGACGGGACAACCAAGGAUUACGCUACCGAGGAACCCCAC